GACGAUUCCUUCGGCCCAACUGUCAGCGGCUGUGAGACGCCUCGGUUCGACUUUACUCUCCUCUUUGAACAAUCCAUCUUGAAUAUUGCGCCGUGUGCGCUACUUCUGAUCUUUUCGCUACCGCGAACUCUCUAUCUUUUUCGUAGCAAGCCCAAGGUUCUGCAUAAUCGAAUAGGUAUACCUAAAUUGGUCGCUUACGCCGCUCUCAUUUCUCUGCAGUUAUCACUACUAAUUAUUUGGUCUACCCAUCAUGAGGCUCUCACUCGUGCCUCUCUGGCAGCUGCGACGCUUGGCCUCGCCGACGGAAUGGCACUGGGUAUUCUGAGCUACUUGGAGCAUCGCCGGUCGAUUCGCCCUUCAACCAUCAUCCUGGUCUAUCUUGUGUUUUCUAUCGCUUUUGAUGCAGUCCAGUGUCGAACACUCUGGCUUCUAAAAACAAAUGUCUUGGCCUCAGUUUCUACAGCUACACUUGCAUGCAAACUCCUAGUCUUUCUUCUUGAACUUGGAGAGAAGCGCCACAUACUUCUACAUCCUUGGAAUAAUCUGGCACCAGAGACGACAAGCAGUAUCAUAAAUAGAAGCUUCUUCUGGUGGCUCAACGACCUUUUGCUUCGCGGAUUUCGUACACCUUUGUCUACUGAUACACUUUACGAGAUUGACGACAGUAUGAAGUCAGAAAAACUCUUCCAUAAAUUACAAGAUGCGCGUCAGAUAUGGUCUAAGUCGCGGGCGCCCCAUCGAUAUCGUCUGUUGCUCGCUACGUGCGAUUCCCUUCGGAGACCACUUGCUGUCGCAAUACUACCCCGUCUAUGUUUAAUCGGCUUCAAGUUUGCACAGCCUUUUCUCAUAAAUCGAGUUAUUACAUACAUUCAGGAAAAAGGAGAUAGCGAUGGGGCGAGAAAAGACAUUGGGUAUGCGCUUGUUGGAGCGACUGGAUUGAUCUCCAACGGAUUCUAUCAGCACAAGCUCUUCCGCUCUCUCACAAUGAUCCGGGGUGCUUUGACCUCCUUAGUUUACAUCCGCACUCUUGAAGUGAGCGCCAUGUCUUCCGAUGUUUCCACUUCCGCAGCUAUCACAUUAUCUGGCCCUGAUGUUGCGUCCAUUACGAGAGCUUUUGAGAGUUUUCAUGAAAUAUGGGCAAACCCCAUAGAAAUUGCCCUGGCCAUAUGGCUUUUGGCAAGGGAGCUCGGGCUGGGAUGCAUCGGGCCCGCUGUUGCUGUUAUUGUUUGCACGGUAGCUAUGACAAGACUCUCCAAUUUUAUGGGGCCGGCUAUGAAAGCCUGGAACGAAGCAAUUCAGCAACGCAUUACGACAACAUCCAGUGUAAUUGGCUCGAUAAAGGAAGUCAAAAUGCUAGGCAAAACCAGCUCAUGGACAGAUAGCAUUCAGCUGCUUAGAGUGGCGGAACUUCAACGUUCGAAAAAAUUCCGUAAAUUUAUCACGUAUAUGAACAUCUUGGGAAAUACGCCUUGGGCUCUGGCACCGAUUCUCACGUUUGGCAUUGCCAUUGCUGUUAGUCGCAAUGGCGUGCAAAAUCAGCUCUCUAUCUCAACGGCCUUCACCUCACUAUCAAUCAUCGCAUUAAUCACAAACCCGCUGGCGAAACUUCUCUCAUCUGUCCCAUCCUUUGUGAGCUGCAUUGGCAGCUUUGAAAGAAUCGAGGCAUUUGUUGAUGAGAGCCAAAAUGCGCCGUCGCGGGGAAACAGCAUCCACUGUGAUACAUCAGUCCAAACUGAAACCGACUCGGCUUUUAAUAUUGAACUAACUCAUCUCCGCAAGCGAGAAUCUUCUAUCAUAGUGGCUAAUGAUGUCUCAUUCAGUGUGAAGCGUGGAGAAACUUGCGUCUUGCAAGGCCUGAAUAUUAGCAUUCAGCCAUCAACUUUGACGUUAGUGACUGGGAAGAUUGGAUCAGGAAAGUCAAUGCUUCUGCUUGGCCUCAUGGGAGAACUUCAUGAGAGUGGUAAUUUGAAGCUUCCCUCAUCCGGGAUUGCGUUCUGUUCCCAAGCAACUUGGUUAGUCAAUACCACUAUCAAGAGGAAUAUCACCGGACCGGAGGACCAAGAACUCGACUCUGAAUGGUACGAAACCGUGGUACGGGCGUGUGCAUUAGAGAGGGAUCUUCAACAACUUCGAGACGGUGAUGAGUCUAUUGUUGGAAGUAAAGGUCUUACACUCAGUGGUGGUCAGAAGCAGCGCGUUGCCCUUGCGCGAGCGCUCUACUCAAGGAAGCAAGUGCUUAUUGCCGAUGAUAUCUUUUCGGGUCUGGACCCCGAAAGCAGGCGUCACAUUUGGACCCAAGUAUUUGGUCCACUGGGAAUACUACGUCGCCAAAAAGCGACCGUGAUACUUGCGACUCAUACGCGUACUUUUAACGAGCUUUGCGACUCAGUAGCAAUACUUAAGAGUCAGCAAAGAAGAGAUGACGAUUCAACAUCUGAGAAUUUGUCCGACGAAAUUGAGCAAAAGUUGCCAAGUUUGCGAAGACAAGAAACCGAGGCUGAAGAGACUGAAAACCUGACUCAGCGAAUGGGAGAUACAUCUCUUUAUGCUUAUUACUUCAAAUCAAUAGGCUGGAAAUUGGCUCUGGGUGCCUUGUUCUUUUCUACAACCGAGCAGUUUUUCGCACAGUUUGCUCAAAUAUGGCUCAAAUGGUGGACAGAGGCAAAUGAGAGCCACUCUGAUGCCAGCACAGGCAUGUAUUAUGGCGUAUAUGUCAUGUUCCUUUGCCUUGGAAUUGCAGCCAUCGGCGUCGACUGCUGGUUCAUGUUUGUCGUUUUAAUUCCACGAUCAGCGGAAUGGCUUCACUGGCAGCUGUUGGAAGCCACAAUGAGGGCACCGAUGGCUUUUUUCAAUUCUGUUGAUACUGGCGACUUAAUUAACAGAUUCAGUCAAGACAUGUCCCUUGUAGAUCGAGAACUGCCUACAGCGGUUUAUACGACCACUUUUGGCCUUUUAUCAUGCAUUGGAGAUGCCAUUCUGAUCAUCCUUGGUGCGAAGUACCUUGCGGCAACAUUGCCAGUAGCAAUCUUGGUCCUCUAUGCCUUGCAAAAAUUCUACCUCCGAACAUCACGCCAACUACGUGUCCUUGACCUUCAGGCCAAAUCACCAUUGAAUACCCAGCUUUUAGAGACCAUUGAGGGGCUAUCAACCAUACGCGCAUUCCAUUGGCAAUCUGCGAUGACCAAAUCAUCGCUCAGCUUGCUGGAUCGUUCUCAGCGCCCACAUUAUCUGCUCCUCUCCAUUCAACGCUGGUUAAAUUUGGUCCUUGAUCUCCUGGUAACUGUCGCAGCGGUGCUUCUUGUUCUUUUUGGAGUCACUACUACGACUUCCACUCCAGGAAACAUGGCCAUUGCCAUGUACAGUGCCCUUGGAUUUAGCGGAUCACUCGCUAACUUCAUCUCUUCUUGGACAUCGCUCGAAACAUCACUUGGAGCUAUUGCCCGCCUUAAAGAGUUUAUGCAAAUCACUCCAAAAGAAGUUGAGCCACCACAGAACACACUAUUGCAGCCCUCAAUUACGUGGCCUUCGAGAGGUCAAAUAGACUGGCAAAAUAUCGAGGCUUAUUAUGCGAAAAAAGAGAGAGGUGGGGAUCCUGUCCUUCACAAUAUCUCGCUCCAAAUACAGCCAGGACAGAAAGUUGCAAUCUGCGGGAGAAGUGGAAGUGGAAAGUCAUCCCUACUUUCAACAUUGUUUGGGCUGUUGGAUUAUUCCGGAACCAUCACGAUUGAUGGGCUAGACAUUUCUCAUAUCUCUAAACAAGCUCUACGGUCUGGCUUAAUCGUGGUGCCCCAGCAUCCUGUCCUGUUUCCAGGAUCAUUGCGCUCAAAUCUCCUCUAUAAUUCUGAUCAACAGGGACAAACUCUUUUGGAUGACGACAUUAUCGCUUUACUUAAUAGAUUAAAAGUAUGGGACGCCGUUUGCCAGAGCGGCUCUCUCGAUACCGAUGUGAGCGACUUGGCUCUGUCUUAUGGCCAAAAACAGCUUCUCUGUUUGGCACGGGCCAUAGUUCGUAAAGAAACAAGCAAAAUCGUUAUCUUGGAUGAGGCUAUGAGCGCGGUGGAUCACCACACAGAAGAACUCAUGAUCCGAGCUCUUGAGGCCGAAUUCACUGAGCACACCAUAGUCUCCAUCGUCCAUCGGCUGAAUACAGUUCGGAAGUUUGAUACACUGGUUGUCCUUGAUGAAGGAAAAAUCAUCGAGAUGGGUUUACCAGGACAGCUGAUUGCUGAGAAUGGG